GGGGUGGGGGGGCGGGGCAGGCGCAGCCUGGGCUGAGUUUGCAGGGCUGCUCCCCUCACCCAACCCCUUCGAGUCCUCCGCGGGCUCCGCCCCACCCGGCCCGUGGGGGAGGUUCCGUCCCGCCGCCUUCGCCCGCGCGCUGCACUCGCGGACGAUCUCUGCUCGCCUUGGGCGCGCCAUGGCUCGCGGGGCUGCGCUGGCGCUGCGGCUCCUCGGCCUGCUCCGCCGUCUGGUGGCCGCCCCGGGCUGACUUUGACUUAGCGAUGCCUUUCCUGAUGGAGGAAACAGUGACCCAGCACCACCUAACGCCCCCAAACCAAAGCCAGAUCCAAACCCCAACCGACCUGGUUUCACUGGGGCUGACUUUGACUUAGCAGAUGCCUUUGGUGAUGGAGGAAACAGGCACUGAUGAUCGCCAACUCUCAUGUUUUACAAACAGGUGACCCAGCACCACCUAAUGCCCCCAAACCAAAGCCACAUCCAAAUCCCAACUGACCUGGUUUCACUGAUAAGAGCCUCUAACCCUACGGGGUGGUCUCUAUGUUGUUUACCUGGCAGUGAUGUCCGUGUCAUCUGAGAAGAGGCGAUUUCAGGGGCUGACUUGGACUUAGCAGAUGCCUUUCGUGAUGGAGGAAAUAGUGAGUAGCUCUUUAAAGUCUCCUCUCUUGCUAACUUGCUUAUUAUCACCCAGUUAUUAUCAUUUGCAGGAGACUUACCUCUUGAGAAUGAUCAAUGGAACUUGUUUGCACAGUGGAAACCUAGGGAAUGACCGAGCACCUCCUAAUUCACCCAAGCUGAAGCCAAAUGCGAACCCUGAGCAGCCUGGAUUCAUCGGGGAUGACUUUGACUUAGCAGAUGCCUUACAUGACAAAGGAAACUACGAGCCAGCACCACUGAACCCACCCAAACCAAAGCCAAAUCCAAACCCCAAGCAGCCUGAUUCCACCGGGGAUGACUUUGAUUUCACAGAUGUUUCUUCAUGGUGAACGAAACAGGUGCAACAACUUCCCCACCCCGUCCUGCUCCUGCUGUGGCCAUGUAAGACGUGCCUGUUUCCCCUCUGCCUUCCGCCAUGAUUGUGAAUUUCCUGAGGACUCCCCGGCCAUGCUUCCUGUACUGCCUGUGGAACCGUGAGCUAAUUUAAACCUCUUUUUCUUUAUAAAAUUACCCUGUCUCAGGUAUUUCUUUAUAGCAGUGUAAGGACUGACUAAUACACUCUGUAAUAGAAAAGAUGUUUAUUUGGGAGUAUAGUAGUGCCAUGAGAAUAGAUGUGCCAUAUUAAACUGUGUUCAUAUUCAGGGAGGUAAAGGGGAAAAAAGGAUUUUAAAGGAAAUAAUGAAGAGGAUUCCAUAAUUCUUUUGAAAUGAUUAUCCUUGGCUAAAAAGAUCAAUAACGUGGUGACACCAGUCUGAGUUUGGACAGCCAGUUUUUGGGCAGGUGUCCUCGUGGAAGUAUUUUUUUUUUGCAAGGGUGAGAUUUUUGCAGUCUCUUACGAUAGUUUUUGUUAUCAGGCAUAUAAGCAUAAAAACCAUUAAUAUACACUAGAGAUGCAUUGAAGAGCUUAUAAAAUUGUUAAGGUUUUCUUCUUUGGUCAGUGUCUAAAAUAUGAGUCAGAUAUUUCCUUGGUUAUCUUUGAGAUUUAUAUGGUCCCAGGUUUCUCCUGGGUGGGUAGAAAUUACUGCAGCAUGUACAAAACUGUCCUUCAUGCCAUACUUCUUCCUACCAUUAUACGAUGAAAACUAACAAAAGAGAGUUUUAUAAAAUGUUCUUCCUCUUUCUCUCUGGUACCAAUAGGAAGCACAAUUGUUUUCCCGUGGUUCUUCACAAAGGUUCUGUUGCACUAAGUUUCAAACCCUUGUGUAUACACAAUCACAUUCACAUAUACCACACAUACACGUGCAUAUACACAGUUACACACAUCCGUACAGAUACAUACAUGCACAUGUAUACACAGAUAAACACAUACAUGCACAAAUAUAGACACACAUACACAGACACACAUUCACAUGUAUGCAGACACACACAGAUAUACACGUAUACCUAUGCACAGAAACCAUACACAGAUAUACACAUACGUGCACAAAUAUGGACACACAUACACAGACACACAUGCACAUGUAUGCAGACACAGAUAUACACAUAUACCUAUGCACAGAAACCAUACACAGAUAAACACAUACAUGCACAAAUAUAGACACACAUACACACACAUUCACAUGUAUGCAGACACACACACAUAUACACAUAUACCUAUGCACAGAAACCAUACACAGAUAAACACAUACAUGCACAAAUAUGGACACACAUACACAGACACACAUUCACAUGCACAUGUAUGCAGACACACACACAUAUACACAUAUACCUAUGCACAGAAACCAUACACAGAUAUACACAUACAUAACAUACAUGCACAGGUAUACAUACAAACAUACACACAGAUAUGUGCAUACACAUAUACACACAUAACACAUGCAUGCACACAUAUCCACAAGCCUGCAGAUAUACACACGUACACACAGAUAUGCAUAUUCAUACAUACUAAACAUACAUUCAUACUUACACCUAUACACACACAUACACAAACACAUACAGAGAUAUACACACAUGCACACACAUACAUACAUACAUGCACAGAUACACAUGUACAUACAUACCAAACAUACAUGCAUACUUACACCUACACACAUACACAAACACAUAUACACACACACAUACACAGGGAUAUGCACAUGCACACAGAUACCCACAUACACACGUACAUACUUGCAUAGAGUUAUACACACACACACACACACACACACACACACACACGUGCACACACAACUUUGGCAUAAUGGAAAUUUGAUGAUUGGUCAUUGGAGUCAACCGUACAGCCCCUGUCAGAAACAAAGGACCAAAGUGGAAGGGGACAUGGAUGUCACAAACAUGUCAAUGUCUACGGAACCACGGAACUUGGAGAAACAUGCAACCGACUAAGGACAGAAGAUUCGAGUGACUGCAACUCUGUUUUUUUUUUUUUUUUUUGAGAUGGAGUUUCACUCUUGUCACCCAGGCUGGAGUGCAAUGGCGUGAUCUCGGCUCACCGCAACUCCCGCCUCCUGGGUUCAAGCGAUUCUCCCACUUCAGCCUCCUGAAUAGCUGGGAUUACAGGCAUGCACCACCAUGCCCAGCUAAUUUCAUAUUUUUAGUAGAGAUGGGGUUUCUCCGUGUUGGUCAGGCUGGUCUUGAACUCCCAACCUCAGGUGAUCCGCCUCCCUCGGCCUCCCAAAGUGCUGCGAUUACAUGCGGGAGCCACUGUGCCCGUCCUAACUGCAGCUCUUACUUUGGAAUUCAGGCAGCUACAGAGCCAAGAUUCCUGGAGCCCACAGGCGUGUGGCUAAUACAUUUCCCUUCCUUUCCAUAGAAUUGGGUUGGUUUUGUUGCACUGGGUGUCUGGUAGCUCCGGAGAGAACAAAUAUAAAUGUGAAAAUGCA